GCAAAGAGUCAACGGGUAACAGGUAGAGAGAGAGACACAGAAAAGUGUCAACAGGUAACAGGUAGAGAGAGUGAGCGACAGACAGAGACAGAAAGAGAGAGAGAGAGCGACCCCGGGGGCACAACUCAGACACUGAAACAGUCAUCACCUUCCAAGGACCAGAACAACACAGGUGAGAGAGAGACUAGAGACUAACUGACCAUGGCGUCGUUCGAGCCUCAGGGCCAGUCUCCUCCUUGCUGUGGCCCCCAGUUCCCCAGCCUGGGCCAGGAACCUCCAGAACUCAGCAUGUACAGUGACUGCUACUACCCUCCUCCAUCGCUCCCCAGCCCCCAGCGCACCACCCCCACCUCCUACGACUACAGCACCUCCUCCCCCAACCCUUACCUAUGGUUCAACGGAUCCGGCAUCAACGCCCCAUACCUGGCCACCGCCGGGCCUCCAGGUAACCCCGGGCCCCCCUUCGUCCCCCAGCACUACGGGAUGCAGAGGCCCUACCUGGGGUCCGGCGGGGCGGGGGGCCCUGGGGGGGAGCUGAGCUGGUUCUCUCUGCCCUCACAGGAAGACCUGAUGAAGCUAGUACGCCCGCCCUACUCCUACUCUGCCCUCAUCGCCAUGGCGAUCCACGGCGCCCCGGAGCGGCGGCUGACCUUGAGUCAGAUCUACCAGUACGUGGCCGAUAACUUCCCCUUCUACAACAAGAGCAAGGCCGGCUGGCAGAACUCUAUCAGGCACAACCUGUCACUCAACGACUGCUUUAAGAAGGUCCCCAGAGACGAGGACGACCCUGGUAAGGGUAACUACUGGACACUAGACCCAAACUGUGAGAAGAUGUUUGACAACGGAAACUUCCGUCGUAAGAGGAAGAGGAAGUCUGAUUCGCUGUCUGGAGGAGAGGGGGGGUCAGGGGGACUGGAGUCAGGUGAUCCCAACGACCGGGGGAGUCCCCAACCCCCCAGCAACCAUGGGAUCGACAUGUCCCCCACGUCAGAGAGAAUCCCCUCCCCUUCCUCCUCAGGACCAGCCCCUUGCCUGAGCAGCUUCCUGUCUGAGAUGUCUGGAGUGGCGUCUGUGGGAGCCAAUGAAAUCGGAGGAGAUUCACUGAACCGGGCCCUGCCCAUAACCCUUACCCUGGACGGGACCCAGAGGCUUACACAGCCUGGGGGUUUUGGUAGAUACUCCCCCACCUCAGGUGCUUCGGAGUGGGCUUCCCAGCUGGCGCCUCCCCCUGGCCUCUCCUCCUCGCCCACCCACUCCUCCCUGGGUUACAGCAGCCCCAUCCUCAGCCAGUUCAAUGGAAAUUUCUACCCUGGCUUGGGCUCAGCAAGCAUCCUAUACCCACGGGAAGGCACAGAGGUCUGAACAGACUGAUAGAGGGAGGGAGAGGGAUGGGCAAAAGACAGCUAGACGUCUAAAGACACUAAAGAAAGAAGGAGAGGGAGAAAGAGAGGCACGCUUCUACCUAAGACUGAACUGAACCAUCUACACACACACACACACACACACAGAGACACACACACACACACACACACACACACACACACACACACACACAGAGUAGUCAGUUAGCGCUGACAGAGCAGGGCUUCGUUGCAUGUGACAGCAGGAUGAGCAGGGCCUGGUUCCCACGCAAACAGCCGAGUCAGCCAUGACACACAAACCUAUAAUUGCUGACUGUCCUGACGUUUUGUAUAUAUUUGUAUUUGUAUUUAAUGUGAGUAUUUUAUUGGUUAUGUUUGUGUUUGGUUGUGUUAAAACAUUUGUUCAACAUGUGCCAUUGUAGAAUAUUGAUUUGCGAUGGAUGGCGCAGACCUGGGUUCAAAUGCAUGUGUAUUUGUUAUUCUAAAACUUUUUUCUGUGUAUUUAAGUAUUUUAAAAUAAACAGCUCAAAACAGGUAUUUUUAUUUGAGCAUUUGAAUGGUUAUUUGUCAAAACCAAAUAGUUGACCAAAUAGAAUUUGAAAGUAUUUUCAAAUAUUUAUUUCAUAUACUAAUUUCAAAUACCUGGGUCAAAUGCAUGGGAGUGUAUUUGAGUCAGUGUAUUUGAGUAUUUUCAAAUACUUUCCAAGUAUAUUUCCAAAUACAUUCCAAUAUUCAACUACUUGUUUUUCAAAUAAAUUCGAUCUGAAUACUUGUUUUGAAAUGUAUUGAAAAUUAAUUGAAAUACCUUAAAUAGUAUUUGAACCCAGGUCUGGUAUGGCUUAUACCAACAUUGGUCUGAUGUUUGUUUUUGAUAAGAAUAAUAAAAUACAGAAAAA